GCGUCCCGGAGUGGGAGGAGCUGGCUGGGCUGUGUAGUGAGGGAGCUGCGCUGGGGGGCCCCUGGCCGAGAGCUCAGAGGUGGGGAGCGGGUCCCCGCGGGGCCAGGAGGGGCGUGGGGAGGCUCUGGCGACCCGGCCGAAGCUACUGGAGGGAAGAGUCCCUGCGGCGUGGAGAGGGGGCGGGGUACGGCCGGCCUGGGGUACCGACCCCGGUGUUGAGUCCCCCGGGGAGAGGGAGGUGGCGGACGCCGGCCCCUCCCCGGCCGGGGCGCUUCGGGCUCAACUUUGAUUCUCCUCGGGGAGCAAGAUACACCUGUCCCAGCCCCGCGUGGGGGCCAUUACCGACUUUGUGUUCUUCCUCCCUCCGCAGUGGCGUGGGGUGGGCAGAAAGAAGUAAACAAACAUUCAUAAUCUGGAUUAUCCGCGGCGACUCUGGGCCUGCUCCCUCCCCCAGCCUGGCUGCCUGUCUGGGUCCUUGGGCCUACCAUUCUCACCCUCUCCUUCCCCUGCAGCCCCUCAGCCAGCCCAGCCUGAAAGGGGUCAGUGCCACAGUAACUGAGUCUAGACCUGAGAAAGUGACAAGUGUGGGAGACGGAGAGCUUUUGUGAAGUAAGAGGGUUUUCCUCCUGUGUUCCAUGUUGAGCGAUUCCCAGGGUCUUAAAAUGUCAGGGAAACGCAAACGUGUGGUGUUGACCAUUAAGGAUAAGCUUGACAUAAUAAAGAAACUUGAAGAAGGCAGCUCCUCCAAACAGCUCUCAGUGAUUUAUGGGAUUGGUGAAACGACAGUUAGGGAUAUAAGGAAGAAUAAAGAAAAAAUUAUAACUUAUGCGAGCAAUUCUGACUCAACAAGUCUCUUGGCCAAGAGAAAGUCGAUGAAGCCGUCCAUGUAUGAAGAACUGGACAGAGCUAUGCUGGAAUGGUUUAACCAGCAAAGAGCAAAGGGGAACCCUGUAUCUGGACCGAUUUGUGCAAAGAGAGCAGAGUUUUUCUUUUAUGCGUUAGGAAUGGAUGGGGAUUUUAAUCCUUCAGCUGGUUGGCUAACUCGUUUUAAGCAGAGACAUAGUAUUCGUGAAAUUAACAUCAGAGGAGAAAAGUUAAAUGGAGAUGAAACUGCUAUGGAUGAAUUUUGUAGCAACUUUCGGGAAUUUGUUCAGAGGGAGAAUUUGCAGCCUGAGCAAAUCUAUAAUGCCGAUGAAACUGGAUUGUUUUGGAAGUGCCUACCAACAAGGACGUCAGCUGUCAAGGGUAAAUUCACUGCUUCUGGGCGCAAGUUAAUCGAAGAAAGAGUCACUGUCAUGUGUUGUGCCAAUGCAACAGGUUUACACAAACUUAAACUUUGUGUAGUGGGAAAAGCAAAAAAACCACGUUCCUUUAAAGGUACUGACACCUCAAACCUGCCAGUCUCCUAUUUCAGUCAAAAAGGUGCAUGGAUGGACCUUUCUAUUUUCAGACAAUGGUUUGACAAAAUCUUUGUGCCACAAGUUCGAGAGUACUUAAGAUCCAAAGGCCUUCAGGAAAAGGCAGUGCUGUUACUGGAUAAUUCACCAACACAUCCAAAUGAAAAUGUCCUAAGGUCAGAUGAUGGCCAAAUAUUUGUAAAAUAUCUGCCACCUAAUGUAGCCUCGUUGAUUCAACCUAUGGAUCAGGGUGUCAUAGCUGUAAUGAAGAGACACUAUAGAGCAGGACUUCUCCAAAACAACUUAGAGGAGGGUAAUGAUCUGAAAAUGUUUUGGAAGAAACUAACAUUAUUAGAUGCUCUGUAUGAAAUUUCAAUGGCAUGGAACAGGGUUAAGCCAGUUACUAUUAUCAGAGCAUGGGACAAAAUUUUCCCUGGCAAUGAAGAGAAAGAUGAUUUGGACUUUGAUGAAGAAGAAAUUUCAGCCACUGCUUUAGCCACCAUCUUACAGCAUACGCAAGGAUGUGAAAAGGUGGACACUGAGAAUAUUGAACAGUGGUUUGAAGUGGACAGUACUGAACCAGGUUAUGAGGUGUUAACUGAUAGUGAAAUAAUCAGAAGAGCACAGGGCCAAACUGAUGAAUCAAGUGAAAAUGAGGAGGAGGAAAUAGAACUGAUCCCAGAGAGGAAUAUUAAUCAUGCAGCUGCUCUCAAGUGGACUGAAAAUUUAUUGGAUUAUCUAGAACAGCAAGGCGAUAUGAUUCUGCCUGACAAACUGGUAAUACGAAAGCUCCGGGCCACCAUAAGAAAUAAACAGAAGAUGACAAUGAAUCCAACCCAAUAACAGUAUUUUAAAAUUUCACUGUGUUGGUAAUUGUAUUUGUGGCUAUUAAUCUGUUUGCAAUAUAGCUUAAUUUUCUUUAAGUGUUCCAAAUUCUCAGACAUAAAUUCAAAUGCAAAAAUGUAUUCCAAAGCCAUACAAAUGGUUUGGGGACUAUUUGUAUUAUUUGUCUUUUCCCUCUCCAUUUCUGCAGAUAAUCAGGACCUGAUAUAUAAAUCUGUACAUAUAUAUGUAUAUGUAUGUAAAACUUAUAUGUCUGUCACAUGUCCCAUUCCUUAUUUUUGACCAAGUGGCAUUUCCCUACAUAUUAAUGGCAAGAUUCUGCAAGUAACAAGUAGUCACUGAGCACCUUCUUUAUAUACCCAGAAUAAUUUUUUGCCUGAUUCAUGGGGCUGCUACAGUUGUCUUUCUUUUGUGCCAACUAUUGCUGCCAUCUUGAACAAUUGUCUUAUUUAUUUAGGUUGUCAGGGUGAAGAAAAAUCUAUCAUAAAACAUUAGAUCCAAAGUAAGUAAUAAUUGUAUUUAACAGUUAAUUUUAAAUUAUCCACAAUAAUAGGGGAAGGAGUGGUUGUGUGUGGAUUUUUUAGACUCAGAAAGUUGUAGUUAUUAUUCCCCUUAACAUUAAUGAUGGUGGCAGGAGGAAAGGCUGUUCUGGAAAUGUGAAUUGUCGGGUAAUUUUGGAUUCUUUUACUAUUAAACUGUUUGGGGAAAAUAGACUUUGAUAGGUGAGAGGAGAACAAGAGUUUCUACCCCAUCUAUUUGUGGGUAAUUGAGAGUUAAGUAUAUUAUCUGAAAAUUUUUGCUAAACCACUGGGUUCACAGUAAAUACAGGGUAUUGUAUAAAGAAAAAUAAAUAGGCUUCUUUUCAAUGAGCCUGCCACAUUGUAGAAAGGACAGGCUGUCAGCCCAAGAAUAUUUAUUAAACAUUCAUUGAGAUCAGAGCACAGAUCUCUACCCCCACAUACCAUCUAUCACGAUAGUUUUGGGGAACAUCAUCCUUCUAAUUCAAAAGCUAUCAAAAGGUCCCAUUGGGGGACUUUGAGAUGCUAUCCAUAAUCAGUUACAAAAAUUCACAUUCUUUGUAAUACAAAAAAAAAAAACCUUAAAAUGGAAAGGUGAAGUGAGUAUUUUAAAUAAGCCAUAUGUUUACAUCCUAUUAAUGAAGAAAACAAGUUAUUUUGGAAAGUUCUAGAUCAUAAGGAAUCUAAUUGUUCUAUGUGUGUUUUAAAGACUGAGGGAAAGGAUGUUUCUUUCUAUUGGUUUUUAAUUCGUGUCAAUCAGGAUUUUGCUAAGAGUUUGCAUAGUGAACUCAGUAUGUUUACCUAAUGUUGCUGAAACAUUCAAAAGACUUAUAUGCGUAUUGUUUUAAAGAGUUUGUAAUUUGAAA